AUGGGUUGCACUCAGUCCAAGGCGUCAAUCGACGAGGUCACGGAACGCAAAUCGAUAGACACCCCCGCACAGGAAGCGCCAAUUUCUGAGAGUAAAACGACUGAAGAAAUUGUAGCGACCAUCGAGUCCCCGCCCGCAUCGAAGGAUUUAGUAAAAAAUAGUCUGAAGACUGAAGAAAUUGAGAUAGUCAAGGAAGCACCGCCUACUUCGACCAACGAACUUCCUCCUGCUUCUGAUUUAGAGGUAGAAGUUGCUGAACCAGCAUUACCUGCUACCUACGAAUUUGGUUCUGACGUAAUUCACCAUACCGAGGAGAUCAAGGAGGCCAUUGCCCCUGAAGUACCUGUGGAGAAGCCAACUGCUCCGAUAAAUGAAAUUUCUGAUGCUGAACUUUCCUCGACGAAGAGAGACUCAACUGCUGCGAUAAAGGAGAUUACUUGUGCUGAAACUAAUACGACUGAGGAAGAACCAAUCGCUCCGAUAAAGAUUCCAAAUGCUGAAUCCACGGCGACGGAGGAUGAACUUCCCACUCCUAUGAAGAUAAUUCCAGAUGCUGACUCCACCACAAAGGACGAAAUUGUUGAGACAGUUGAGGCAAAUCCUGAAGCUUUCGCUGUCGAGUCUACUGUUCAAGAGCAAGUGUCGCCAUCAGCAUCUGCAGACAUAUCAACAGAUAAACUGGUAGAAGAGGAGCCAGAGCCGAUUGUUGAGACAUCGCCCUCGGACGUGACUUUGGACAAACCUGUUUCUGAAGGCGCGCUGACCUUCUUAGCACAGGAUGUGACGUUUAAUGAUGCUAAUAUUGCCUUCUACAAUUUUAGCGGUACCGACACUUCCAAUCCUGCCGAAGAGAAGCACAUUUCCAAGCGCUACUCGGAAUUCAAAGCUUUGUACACUCAGCUCCUUCAGCAGCUGGCGGACAGCAAAGAAGGCAAGACAUCUGACUUACCAGCGCUACCGAAGACAUCAUUCUUACAGGGCCGUAAGAAUCUUAAAAUGUUAGAGGAGCGUAAGACGCAGUUCACGGUCCUUCUGAAUGCCAUUGCUGCACAUCCCAUCGCUUCUCAUAGCGACGUAUUCAAAGCCUUUUUGGCUUAA